GAUUCACAUCUUGAAUAUCCUAAAACCCCUGUUAAACCCAGUCCUAGCCUUCUAGGGUUCCAUUUCUCUGUUGAAUCCAUCAAUGGCUACUCUUAGAUACCUCCUCUCCAGAGCCUCAUCAAAACCUCUCCCUAACUCCCUCCAUUCCAGCACUACAAUUUCCCGGCUCUUAACAACUAUACACUCUUUCAUUUCCCAGCACCAUCGGAAUUCCAGAUGUUUCUCCUCCGCCCAGGAUUACAGUCAGGACUCUGAUUCCUCUAUUGCUGCCGCUUUAAAUAUCGAUCGCCGCAUUCCCGCCACUAUCAUUACCGGAUUUCUAGGCUCCGGAAAGACCACUCUUUUGAAUCAUAUAUUGACAGCUCAGCAUGGGAAACGGAUUGCUGUGAUUGAGAAUGAGUUUGGAGAGGUUGAUAUUGAUGGUUCAUUAGUUGCUAGUCAUUCAUCAUCUAAUGAGGACAUUAUCAUGGUCAAUAAUGGCUGUCUAUGCUGCACUGUGCGUGGUGAUCUCGUUAAAAUGCUUUUGGAGUUGGUCAAGACUAAGCGAGACAGAUUUGAUCAUAUAGUUAUUGAGACCACAGGCCUAGCUAAGCCAGGUCCUGUGAUUGAAACAUUUUGCUCUGAUGAACUGGUUUCAACCCAUGUGAAACUUGAUGGAGUUGUUACUUUGGUUGACUCCAAACAUGCCAUGCAGCAUUUACUUGAGAUCAAACCCAGAUUUGUGGUGAACGAGUCUGUGGAUCAAGUUGCUUAUGCAGAUCGAAUUAUCUUGAACAAGAUUGAUUUGGUUUCUGAGGCUGAGCUGGAGGAAUUAACAAAGAAAAUUAAGCAUAUCAAUGGGGUGGCACAAAUAAAGAGAGCUAAAUUUGGAGUAGUUGAUAUGGACUUUGUUCUGGGAGUUGGAGGCUAUGACCUUGACAGAAUCGAUUCAGAAGUUCAGUCAGAAGGCUCUCAUUGUGACCAUCACCAUGAAGAUGGCCAUGGACAGCACAAGCAUGAUCAUGUACAUGAUUCAGCUGUCACCAGCGUCAGUAUUGUUUCUGAUGGAACCUUAGAUUUAGAUGAGGUUGAUGAUUGGCUUGAAAGACUUGUAGAGGAAAAAGGCGAUGACCUAUACAGAAUGAAAGGUGUUUUAUCUGUGAGCGGUUCUGAAGAACGCUAUGUAUUUCAGGGUGUACACUCUGUUUUAGAUGGCUGCCCAGGCAAGACAUGGGGCCCAGAUGAGAAACGAAUAAACAAGCUUGUGUUUAUAGGCAGGAAUCUCGAUGAAACUGCACUGAGAAAAGGUUUCAAAGGCUGUUUAGUGUGAACACAGGCUGUCAGGUAUUAUUCUCACGAAAUCUAUUUUCGGUUGAUAUGUUCCAACUGUGGAAAGAUUUCAUGCUGAAGAUUCAGUGCAUUUUGGUUUCGAGUUUUACCCUCUUGCCUUCCUGUAUACAAAGAAUUCAGUGGGGAAAGAUGCACUUGUAGCCCUGAUUUAGUCGUUUUUUAGUCAUCCCCACUUAGAAGCCCCUCACUGAAUUGUAGAUGUGUAGGUAUACCAUACCUAUAAAGUCUUUGUAGUACGUAGCCUGUGGCAUUUUCUGUUUGGUUUCCAUUUCAAUGCUAUAAACAUUAAGCAGC